GUUUCCGGUCUGCCCUCCUGCCGUCUGCGGAGGACAACGACAGCCGCAGCAGUUUACGGCAGGUCGGGACCAGACGCGUGCGGCAGGCGCUCCCUCGAGAGCUCGGGGAUCAGAUCGGCUGACGGACCGGAGAGUCGGAGUGAGCCUCGGAUCGGACCGUCGUCCUGAUGGAGGCGCUGUCCUGCGGGGAGCGGCGUCUGGGCUCUGAGGAAGAGGACGCCGCCCCAGCUGUGGGAGUGAGUCUGUGUGACUCCGCCCCGUUGGUGUGGCGGAUGCGGGACCUGAGGGCCAUUAGAGCUCGAGGCCUGGUGGGGGCACUCCUGGGGUCGCUGCCCCGAACGCCCCGACAAAACGGGCGCCUGGGUCGACCGCUGCUGCUGCUGCCGGAGGAGGAGGGGCUGCUGAGGGAGCGCUGUGCCGCUGCGGCCCUGCCGGACCGCUGCCAGCAGGAUGGUGGGGGGGCGGAGCUCCGUCAGCAGUACGAGGAGGAGGAGAAGAGGAGCUUUGAGGAGCAGAGCGUCCUCGCGCUGGAGGACAGGAAGUUGGCGCUGCUCCGAGCUAUGACAGGUGCAGAGUCCGGUGCUGCGAGUGCAGAUGAAGCCCUGCGGCGCCGCCUGCAGGCUCUGGACCAGAACUUCACCUUCCCGCAGUCAGCAAUGGCAGUCCAGCUGAGCACGGCGAGGGCGGGGCUAAGUUACUGUCCUGAAGCCCGAGCCUUCCUGCAGACCUACGGGCCAACUGGGGCUGAGCCCCGCUGUGACGCCAGGUACCAGGUGUUCAGAGACCUACGGGGGCGGGGCUUCUACCUGACCUCAGCAGGAAAGUUUGGAGGAGACUUCCUGGUGUAUCCAGGUGACCCUCUGCGGUUCCACGCUCACUUUAUCGCCGUCUGUGUGUCUCUGGAUGAGUCCGUGUGUCUGCUGGAUGUCCUCGCCGUGGCUCGUCUGGGAUCCAACGUGAAGAAGACGGUCCUUUUGUGUUCGCCGGGGCCAGGCGCCACGGUCUGCUACACGUCGCUUCAGUGGAGCGGGAUGAUUUAAACCCGGGGGACAGGACAGACGGCGCCCGCCGGCCCAUGUUAAGGCAGGUCCGCGUCCUGCGCCUAAAACCUGUUUCUGUAAGUCUGAGGCUGAAGAACAACUGCAGGAGGUCAUGUGACUGACAGGGCGGAGCAGGGCCGCGGCCUCUAAAGGACCAGUAAAGCAUGAUCGUCUGCUCUUUGUUUCUCCGUGGCGAGCGUCACAAACACAGCUCUCUGCAGCUCUCACACUCGUCCACGCGGUUUCUCUGAUGAAGCCUGCCGUGGAGCCGAGUCCAGCUCUGAUCUAAAGCAGCGUGCUGGAGGUGAAAAUGCCCCGAUAAACCCCACCCACUUCUUUAUUUCUUUUUAUUAGUGACAGCGCGAGGAAACAAAGGACGGCUCUCCUUUUUUCAAAGAGUGUAUUUUCUCAGUGAGUCAUUGUGUUAAAAUAAAAGUGAUGUGGGUAUUGAUCUGUGAUUGGGAGUGUGAUUUCUGCCCCUGUCAGAAGAAAAUUAUGUUUUGAUCAGUUACAUGAAAUGUAUUUUUUAUGUUUAUCAGUGAAGCACAUGUCUACGUGACUUUUCACCUAAUAACUUUUGACAUGAACUCUUCUGUGAUAAACAACUUACAGCUUCCUCUUAUUAUUCUAGAACAUACAGAUUUAGAAAAGGUGAACCUCAGCUCUGAGUUCUGAGAAUAAUGUUGUCAUCUUUGUAUACACACACACACAUACACACAGAACAAUCUUGUAUAAAUAAAGAACGCAGACGGUGACAAAGCGCGAGUCCAUGAGUGUCUCCUGUGUGAGCGCUUCUGUGACCGUCCUCGCGAGUAAAAGAAA